CAAAUUUCAAAAUUCCGACCCCGCCAUUUUUCUCCCAUAGACCCCAAACUUUUCCUCCCUAUUUCAUAACGGUCCUCUCUCUCCCCCCUUCCCCACCAUCUCUCUUCCCUCCAAUUCUAACUCACGGAUCGCUCCAUCAGAUCUAAUCCAUGGCCUCUUCUUCCGCGCUUCGAGAUCCUUCCAGACACUACACUUAUAAUCGCAAGCAAAAGUCUCUUGGCCUCUUGUGCACCAAUUUCUUGAGCUUGUAUAAUCGAGAUGGCGUUCACUUGAUCGGCCUUGACGAUGCGGCUGCGAGAUUAGGGGUCGAGAGGCGGCGGAUCUAUGAUAUAGUUAAUGUACUGGAGAGUGUCGGGGUUCUUGCAAGAAAAGCUAAGAAUCAAUAUACUUGGAAAGGAUUUGGGGCAAUUCCGGGGGCCUUACAGGAGCUCAAAGAAGAAGGUAUGAGGGAGAAUUGCGAUGCUUUUGAUGGCAGUCAAGAUAAUGCAAAAGUAUCUGAUGAUGAGGAUGACGAAGAAACGUUGUCCAAUCCCAGUACUGGAAGUCAGAAUGACAAGCCUUGUCCCAAUUCUACUCUCCUCAAAUCUAUGAAGAAUGAUAAUCGAAGGGAAAAAUCUCUUGCACUUCUCACUCAGAAUUUUGUCAAGCUCUUUCUCUGCCACAAUAUGGAGUUGAUUUCCCUCGAUGAAGCUGCCAGAUUGUUGCUCGGGGAUGCCCAUAAUACGUCAAUAAUGAGGACGAAAGUAAGACGUCUAUAUGAUAUUGCAAAUGUGCUGUCCUCCAUGAACCUUAUUGAGAAGACUCAUACAUCAGACACUAGAAAACCUGCUUUUAGAUGGCUGGGCUUGGAGGGGAAAACAGAGAAUGAGUCUAUUCAUAAUUCAAAUCCCGAUGAAUCCAGGAAAAGGAUGUUUGGUAAUGAUAUCACAAACAUCAGUUUUAAGAGGAAUAAAGUGGAUUUAUUCUCUAAUGGGGACCUAUGCCAGAAUGCUAAGAUAUCAAAUAAAAUGGAUGGUGAUAACUGGCUCGGUCAGGCAGAUAAAAGCCAUCAAAAUCAGGACUCAAAGCAGAGUUCAAGAAGCUAUCAGUUUGGACCUUUCGCUCCUGUCUACGUCCCCAAAGUGAGCGCCUCUGAUAAUAAUAAUGCGAAGCGGGUCCAUGAUUGGGAUAGUCUUGCAACUGCCUAUCGUCCCCAGUAUCAAAACCAAGCUUUGAGAGAACUCUUCAGCCAUUACAUGGAAGCGUGGAAAUCAUGGUACUCUGAAGUCGCUGGGAAGAGGCCAAUCCACAUUUUGUAAUUUCUGUUCGGUGUAGUCAAAUAAUGCGGUACAGCUUUGUCAGGAGAAUGAUAAUGUUGGAAAUGCAUGCUCUCCGUGCGCCAGCAUAGAGUUGCCAUCGACGAAUUUUUAAACAAGAUCUUUUUACGAAAUUGAAGUUCGUUUAAGAUCAGUAAAGCGCUAAAGCCAGUUCUUGUGAAUUUUUUCUUUUUCUUUGGGUGAUCUUAUUCUAUGUAGUGGCAUGUUUUAUGUUAAUUGAUUAGUGAUUUAGG